CACUCAACAUGUACACAACCAAAACAUUCAACUUGAUCAAAGCACACAAAAUACAUCUCCUUGUAAGCCCCUCAAAAAAUGGUGAACACUAAGUUGAUGAAUGGUGGCCAUAACUCGAUGGCAAGUUUCGGCCACCAUGUAUUCACAGGUCGAUGGUUCAUGGUCUUCGCGUCCCUUUUAAUCAUGUCCAUGGCCGGUGCAACCUACAUGUUCGGUCUAUAUAGUGGUGAAAUAAAAUCAUCGUUAGGGUAUGACCAAACCACGUUAAAUUUGUUGAGUUUCUUCAAAGAUUUGGGUGGUAAUGUAGGGAUAAUUUCAGGUUUAAUCAAUGAAGUAACACCACCAUGGGUGGUACUAUUCAUUGGUGCAAUUAUGAAUUUUUUGGGGUAUUUUAUGAUUUGGCUAUGUGUCACAGGACGCAUAGCCAAACCACCGGUAUGGCAAAUGUGUUUGUACAUUUGCAUUGGUGCAAAUUCGCAAACGUUUGCUAAUACUGGUGCAUUAGUAACUUGUGUUAAAAAUUUCCCAGAAAGUAGGGGAAGUUUAUUAGGACUGUUGAAAGGUUUUGUUGGUCUAAGUGGUGCAAUUAUAACACAAUUGUACCAUGCUUUUUAUGGUAACAAUGGGAAAUCUUUGAUUUUGUUAAUUGGUUGGCUUCCUGCUGUUGUUUCUUGUAUUUUUCUACGUACGAUUCGAAUUUUGAAAGUUGUUAGACAGGCCAAUGAGACCAAAAUAUUCUACAAACUUUUGUAUAUUUCACUUGGUCUAGCUGGUUUUAUCAUGUUAGUCAUCAUCAUUCAGAACAGAAUCAGGUUUGCGAGGUUCAUGUAUGCAGGAAGUGCAGCUGUUGUAUUGAUUUUGCUUUUUGCUCCGUUGAUCAUCGUGUUUCAAGAAGAAAUCAAGCUUUGGUAUGUUAAACAACAAGCCUUGGAUGACCCUGAGUUGAAAGUUGUUUGUGAUAAUCCAUCUUCAGUAGAACUGACUCAACCCCAGAAGGUAGGUCAAAAUGGAUAUGAGGAAAAUACGUCCUCAGGAGAACUGACUCAACCCCAGAAGUUAGGUCUGAGUGGAUAUGAGGAAAGUACGCCCUCAGGACAACUGACUCAACCUCAGAAGCUAGGUCAGAAUGGAUAUGGGGAAAGUACGCCCUCAGGACAACUGACUCAAUCCCAGAAGCUAGGUCAGAACGAAUAUGAGGAAAAGAAAAGUACUUCUUGCUUUAGCAAUGUGUUCAAUCCACCACCUAGAGGGGAGGAUUAUACGAUAUUGCAAGCGCUUUUCAGCAUAGACAUGAUCAUUCUAUUCACCGCGACAACAUUUGGUGUGGGAGGUACAUUGACAGCUAUCGACAACUUAGGUCAAAUCGGAAAGUCCUUAGGCUAUCCUGAAACAAGCAUCACAACAUUUGUGUCACUAGUAAGCAUAUGGAACUACCUCGGUCGAGUUAUCUCAGGGUUUGCAUCCGAAAUCUUUUUAACAAAGUACAAGUUCCCGCGCCCUAUGAUGCUCACAUUAGUCCUCCUCCUCUCAUGCUCGGGCCAUCUACUCAUCGCGUUUGGUGUCCCUAACUCCCUCUACAUCGCGUCUGUGCUAAUGGGGUUCUGUUUCGGAGCUCAAUGGCCUUUGAUUUUCGCGAUAAUAUCCGAGCUAUUCGGGUUGAAAUACUACUCAACAUUGUACAAUUUUGGUGCUGGUGCUAGCCCUGUUGGUGCAUAUUUACUCAAUGUAAGAGUGGCUGGACAUUUGUACGACAAAGUGGCUACAAAGCAAAUGUUGGAAAAAGGGCUAAAAAGGAAAAUUGGUGAAGAUUUAACAUGCAUUGGAGUGGAGUGUUACAAAUUGGCCUUUAUUAUAAUUACUGGUGCUACAUUAAUAAGUUGUGCUAUUUCUUUAAUUUUGGUUAUUAGAACAAGAAAAUUUUAUAAAGGUGAUAUUUAUAAGAAGUUUAGGGAACAAGCAAUCGAUAUUGAUGAUCCUAAACAGAUAGCAGGUAGUUCUUAAUUAGUUUUAUAAUUAUGUACAUAUAUAUGAUUAAAAAAAUUAAUAUUUGAUUAGGAAGGGUUAUUAUUAUUAUUAGUGAAUUA